ACAGUGACGUCACAGCACUCACGGCCGUUGCCUCUCAUGCAAGUCAGUGAUAAACACACCUCGGCCACGGCUUCAUGUCAGACAUGUUGCGCGCUUAAAUUACCGUCGAAUACCCAUAACUACCUCAUGCAUUUUUGCCUGUCACCAACACAAUACAAAUGUCAGCCGUCGCCGCACGAGGAGCGGCGAUUUUAUCAUAUAAUAGAAAAUGACUGAAGGUCUCCGACAACAACAUGAGAAGCCGUGAUGUGAAUGCUGACAACGCGCGCCAAAAUCAGCCACAAUAUGGGUGGCGGAUGGCGAUUGUCAAUCAACAUCAAAUGAGCCGUUCACAUCGUAAACCAAAAAUGUGUGUGCGCGUGUGGCUAGAGGUUGGUCAUGCGUGUGAGCCGCGUCGCGCCGCAUCGGGUCGCGCGUUGGCACUCGACUGGAGCGUGUUCGUACGCGGCGCGCGCGGCGCCGACAUUAGCGCCUUUGUGCACAAGGUCGUCUUCCACCUCUACCCGGCUAGCGCCUUCGUCUAUCCUAAGAGAGUACUUCAAGAGCCGCCGUAUGAGAUCCAGGAGUCGGGCUGCUCCUCCAUUGAAAUCCCGAUACACGUGUACCUAAAGUACAGUACUAAACCAAAGAGAAUACGCCUCAGAUACAGUCUGCACAUAGAAAAUAACAACGAGGCUAGUUCGGAGUCGCGGUGCCUUUAUUACGACGUAAACAACCCCUCGGAGCAGCUAUACAACGCUUUGAUGAAGGGCGGCGGCGAGGUUAUCGCGCGAACUAGCGCCGCAGAUGCUAGCCACAAGCUUCUUGUUUUGCUCAAUGAAGAGAGGAAAAACUUGAAAAUUCCACGUUCCAAAAGGUACAAGUUUGUGGAGCCACUUCGAUGUAAACACGCACCAAAAACCAAAUACAUCCUUGAAGAAAUAUGUCCUAAAUGUGGGGAUUCAAUUAAUGCGGAUUUUAGGAAACAGUUGCGUGCUGUUGAUAUGAAACAAGACGAAAUUGAACGAGUCUCGCACUUGUAUUUGUCAUUCAAUUGUUACGAGAAGUCUGUGAAUGCGAUUAAGUUGCCCUCGUUUUCAGAUCCAAUUUAUAGAGUGCCAGAACUACCGAUAUCCCUACGCGGUGCUGUCGGAGAUGUGAAAAUGGAUUAUACGGUGUUAUGACGUGCCUCGCUUUCGACAUAUUUGUGCCAUUGGAAUAGAGAAAUAUUUUAUUGUAUGUGCAAAUUUGAGAAACUAUUCUUAAACUAGAAUUUAUUUACACGUUUUAAUGUUACCCCUGGGGUUAUAGAAUAUUUUUUUAUACUUUACCUAGGAUCUAACAUACGAAAUAUUGUUUGUUAAAUAAUUUUUAAAGCGUGCUGUGAUGAAGAUCUCAGAAUUAUUUACUUGAUAGUUUUUUUUUAAAUGAACAUUAUAUUAAUGCAAUGUUAUGAAGCUCUUAACAAAUACUGGAGUAGGUAUUGUGCUCAAAAGUCAAAUUAUUAUAUAUAAAGAAAUAUCAUACAUUUAACACUGAUUACAGGGUACUUUUACGUAAAUUUUAAUGGUAAAACUAAAUGCUUUUUGUUUUUAUAGUAAGAAUUUUAUUUUUGUUAUUAGAAAUAUGAUCAUUUCGAAAUUAAUUUAUCAUUACAAUAAUUUGGAAAGUUUAGUGUUGAAAUUUGAAAAUUUUUGUAGUCCUUAGUUGUAAGAUCUGUUGUUUUAUUUAUUUUACCGGAGACUUCAUUCUAUAAGAAUAACAAGUUUAUUUGUUGAGAAUAAAACGUUUCUAAA